GACAUUCAGGCGCACUUGCACCAGAGUGCCCAGGCCAAGGUCGGUGUGCCACCGGUGUUCACCAAGGAUGGCGGAGGAGCAGCACUGGCUCCGGGGCCGGUUUAUCCCUCUGGUCCUUCGGUUCAAAGGAGCCCUGUGACCAACGACAAGCUGCCGGAGGAGCAUGCUCCAGCAACAGCAGAACCCCACAAAGGCCGAGGGCGGGGUGAGGUUGAUGCCGCCCCUGCGAAUGGCAAGGGCGGCAAAGGCCGCGGUCCAAACGGGGCUGCACGUGGCAGAUUCGAUGCAGCAGCACUUCCUGCCGAAGCGGCAGAAUUGCUGGGGCAGGUCGGUCAGCUUUCGCGAAGUCAAGCAGGGAGCAAGUACCUGCAGCGGCAGCUACAGAAGGGACCAGGGGCGAUCAUGGAUGUGAUCCUUGCAGAAGUCGAGGAUGAGAUUGCGGGAAUGAUGUGCGACUCCUACGGCAACUACCUCUGUAGUGCAGCAUUUCAGGCAUGCUCUCCCAGGCAGAGAAAGCGGAUCCUUGAGAAGCUCUCACCACAAGUUGGCGCCAUCGCGUGCGACAAGCGUGGGACACAUGCUCUGCAGGCUCUCAUUGGCUUGCUGCAGCUCGAAGAGGAACAGCAGCUGCUGAUGAACGCUAUCAAGAGUCGCGUCAUCGAACUGAGUAUGGAUCCAAACGGCACGCACGUGGUCCAGAGGCUUCUUUGCUGCUUUCUCCCUUCAGUCACAGAGUGGAUAUACAUUGCCAUCAAUGAUCGCAUGAUCGAAGUGGCACAUCACCCGUACGGGCUUUGCGUGCUCAAGAAGUGCAUAUCGCAGGCGAAACCAGCCUCAAAGCACCAGGACAUGCUAUUAAAGCAGCUUGCCCGGCAUGCAAUGGACUUAGUCCAGAGUCCUUACGGUAACUAUGCGAUCCAGCAUGCGCUGGAGGAGUGGGGAGGCAACUGCUGCCAGCCGAUUCUGCACAAGCUGGAGGGCCGGAUGAUGCAGCUUAGCAUCCAGAAGUUCUCCUCCAACGUGGUUGAAAAGCUUUUCUGCUCGGCACCAGCGGACUUCCGCGACCGCUUCAUCGCGGAGCUCGUCGAAAGCGAGAAGAUGUCAGUUUUGGUCAACAGCAACUAUGGGCACUAUGUUGCCAAGCGAGCUUUGCAAAUGGCUACUCCUGAGCAGAGUCGUGCACUCCUUGAGGCAAUCAAGGCCAACCUGUCGAUAUUGCCGAACCGUCGGUUGCGAGUGAAGUGGGAGAAGGUCAUGAGCGGCCAAGGUGAUUUCGAUGACGAUGUGCCAGAUACAGUGAAACCUGCCAUGCCACAGCCUGAAAAGGCUUCUCUGGAACUUGCAGGAGAGGAGACGUGGGAGUUGCAGAACAGUAGGUUACUACUGAAGGAAAAGUUCGACGUUGUGUAUUAUAGAGUUGGCUUUCGAUGGGGGAAGCAAAGCGACCUGGAUGAGAUAUUCGUGUCGUCCACAGUAUGCCAGCGAAGCUUCUCUUCAAACGCUGAGCGCGAUGUGAUUGGCUCCGUUGCAGGCGGCGUGGGCGCCAGCUCCGUACGGGACAGCCGCUUCUCACCUCGGAUCAAUGAGGGUCCGCUGGUCUUGCCGUGCCGUGCUUUCACAGAUGUGUGUCUUGAGCAGGUGUUUGCAAAAUCGUGGGGAAUGUUGGCCAGCGUGCAUCAGCGUUUUGACGUCUCGGCCAUGUUGCUGGAAUCGCCGGCAGCGCGCAAAACCCUGAAUGCCAGGCUCAUUUUUGACGGCUCUCAGAAGGGUCUUGCCCAGCGUCGGGCAACCCGUGGCACAGGACCAAUGAAGCGCCUAUUUUUAGUGCUUGGCACUGUGAGUGGCCUGUCCUCCAAGGGGCGGGAGCUGCCACCAGAUCCCGCCAAAGUCGCUCUGCCCGCGGUGCCCGCGGUCCGAAAUGCGGGAAAGGAUGGUAUGCCAGAACUUCCUUCGCUGGAUGACAUAAUGAGCCCGACUUCCCAAACCAUGUUUGGCAUCAGCUCAGAGGCCAAGCAGCUCGAGGCGAAGAUGCUCAAGAUAGAGCACGAAAACAGCUUGCGCCUUCAGCGGCAGAAGGCAGUCUUCGACCGAAAGCUGAAGGAGCAAGAGGCCAAGAACCAGGGUGUGGCGAAGGAGAAUGCUGAUCUGGCCAAGACCAUUAUGCAGCUGAAGAAAAACAACGAGGCCACUUUCGCCAAGUCCAAGACACUACGUGAGGCCAUAUCAUUGCGCAAAGCGGAGGUCAAGAACAUGCAGGAGCAGCUUGCAGCCGUGCAGCAGUACUUGGUCGACACCUUGUCAGAUGCCGACGAAAGCAAGGCGCCAGAACUCGCCAUCUUGGAUGAGGAGGAGAAAGCCGAAGCGGCCGAAGCCCAGGCGGUUGCCGUGAAGAGGAAGGCUGCUUCGGCCAUAGCCAUCGCCGAGCAGCGAGCCAAGAAGGACGAGGCAGAGGAACCCAACCUCUCCUUCCUUCAGGUGGAGGAGGAGCCUGAUGAUGCGGCUGCGUUGGACAAGGAGGCGGAUCUUGGAGAGCCAGAGAACCUGCUUGGUGUCCUCGCGGACGGGGUGAAGAACAUGAAAAAGCAGGGGGAGGUGACUUCAAAUCACUUGAAAUCGCUCUUCUUGUCCAGCUUGCAAGACGGCGUGAAGCGUCGAAAGGCACUCAAGGCGCAGCAGAAGGUCUUGCAGCAGACGCUUACAAGCAUGAAGUCCUACGAGGCACGGCUUGGAAGAGCCGAGGACCGCUUGACGGUCACCAAGCAGACAUUGGACAAGCACCUUCAUGAUGCAGGACUUUUCCUGAAAAAGCUGUCGCAGCUUCUACUGGAAAAGCCCGAGGCUGGUCAGAAGGAGCUGGCGGCCUUGCAGCAACAUUCUUCUCUCUGA